AUGGAAGGGCUGAGUUUUAUCUGUGAAGACUCGGCCAACGUUGGCGACUUUCUCACUGGUGUAACGGCCCCAACGGACAGAGUGGUUAAGCAAGAGUUCGAGCACUUUCCGAGGACAGGAUCAGCGAUUCAGAAGAUUUAUGACAACUCAGAGACCAGGAAACGGAUGCAAGCUGAAUACAAUUAUCCGGAUACUGCUGUCGCAAAAGAGAACAGCGUCGCUCGCCGCCCAAGUCAUGACCUGUAUCGUUCGACAAUAUCAGAUUAUAUGGGGCGACAAAGCUACGUCCGCCAUCAAACAGAUCACUUCCAUAGUCCAAGCUUUCAUCGCAGGGUCCCUCUUCUACAACGCUCCGAACAACUCGGCGGGGCUCUCUUCUUUGCCUUGCUGUAUAACGCUCUCGUCGCCAUGAGCGAGACAACAGACUCGUUUACUGGAAGACCUGUGCUUGCCAAGCACAAACAGUUUGCCUUCUACCACCCGGCGGCCUUCUGCAUUGCGCAGAUAACGGCGGACCUCCCGAUCCUCUUCGUUCAAGUCACCUGCUUCUCUGUGAUACUAUACUGGAUGGUUGCCUUGAAAGCGACAGCAGGCGCAUUUUUUAUUUUUUUGGCUCCUCGUCUACUCGGUCAACAUAUGCAUGACGGCAUUCUUCCGGUUGGUCGGAGCCGCUUUCAACACCUUCGACGCCGCGUCCAAAGUAUCUGGGCUCGCCGUAGCAGCGCUUGUCACCUACAUUGGCUACGAAAUCCCGAAGCCUCACAUGCACCCAUGGUUUGUCUGGAUCUAUUGGAUCAAUCCCAUGGCAUACGGUCUUGA